AUUCUUUUUACACGCUAGGAAUCGUUUGUAUAUUUAUUUUCUUUUCUCAAAAAAAUCACAUGAAAUGUAACGUAAUAUACAGUGUAUAUGAAUCAAUGAAAGACUUAUUUGAUUUAAACAAAUAAUUCGCUCGUGUUUUAAAUAUUCGUUAUAUAUUUUUAUCGAUAUUUAUGAUAAAAAAAAAAAGUGAAAAAUUCAGAAAUUUUUUUAAGAAAAGCGAGAAAAUGAAAUUCCAUUGAUAAAGAAGAUCUAGACGGAAUCUAAGUGAAAUUAAUCGUGAGAGAUAAGAUGAUAAUAAAAUAAAAAAGGGAAAGAAGAUUAUUAAAAUGUAAUUCGUUAUAAAAGUGUCUUCUUUUGUUCGUGGCAACAAAUGAUUCGCAUCAAUGAAUUCAGAACCAAUGACAACGUCAACUUUCUACGAAGAUGGAGUAUUGGAUGGCGAGCAACGAGACCGGUCACAAUGGUAGAGAGGAGACAAUCCAGGAGGUCCUCACAGAUCCAGGAUCGGCGGUACUGUUCGUCGGAUAUCCACGAUGGCUUUUGCACUUUGCUGCCGGUUGUUGCAUACUUUUCAUGCUUAUUGGCAUCCCCGGCAAUCUCUUCACAAUCGUCGCUCUUUUUCGCACCAAAAAGUUAAAAAACGCCACAGCGAUCUUCAUAAUGAAUCUCUCGAUCUCGGAUUUAAUGUUCUGUUGUUUCAAUCUUCCGCUUGCUACGUCUACGUUUUGGCAUAGUUCUUGGCAGCACGGACCAUUUUUGUGUCGAUUGUUUCCUUUGUUGAGAUAUGGCUUGGUUGCAGUAAGCCUCUUCUCAAUAUUGGCAAUUACAAUUAAUCGUUACAUUAUUAUUAGUCAUCCUAGACUUUAUCCUAGAAUAUAUAAACCAAAAUAUUUAAUACUAAUGAUUUUGGGUAUAUGGAUCGCUGUUUUUAGUAUUCUCAUCAUUACAUGGUUUGAAAGUUGGGGUCGUUUUGGAUUGGAUGUUGUCAUUGGCUCAUGUUCUAUUCUUCCAGAUAUAAAUGGACAAAGUCCAAAGGAAUUUCUUUUUUUCGUUGCUUUCUUGAUACCUUGCAUCGUAAUUGUUGUUUGUUAUGCAAGAAUAUUUUAUAUUGUUCGCAAAACAGCAUUUAAAAGUAGAAAACGACAUAUACAUGCUAGUGUCGAUCCAAUUAAAAGUAAUCAUGAGGUAAGUAAAAAAAAAAAUAAAUGAAUCUAGUUCAAAUGAAAUUAUAAUA